UUGCCGACCGUGUAAUUUUAUUGACUUGCUGUACACUUACAAACAUAUUUAAAUUUUUAAGUUAAAAUCAUUGCGGAUUAUAAUUCGAAGAGACUUCUUUUAAAUAAUGUGAAUAAAAAAUCAUUUGGAAAAUGUGUCGUUUAUUUGUGUUUGAACAGCGAACGUGUGAUGAGAGAAGGACGCCAUGUUCGAUGUGAACAAGAGCCACGUCCUAACUUCAUGGCAGGAGGUUGGAUCGGUUGGUGUAUAUUAUCGUUAAACUCGAAAUUUUUCGAUAUUAUUAGCCCAGAUUUUACAGUGAAAAAUGCCACUGAGAUUAGAUAUCAAGAGGAAGCUGACUGCUCGGUCAGACAGGGUGAAGAGUGUGGAUCUUCACCCCACUGAACCGUGGAUGCUUUGCUCCUUGUACCAGGGGAAUGUUAAUAUCUGGAACCAUGAAAAUCAAAUGUUGGUUAAGACAUUUGAAGUAUGUGAUUUGCCAGUUCGUACAGCCAAAUUUGUGCCAAGGAAGAACUGGGUUGUCACUGGUUCAGAUGAUAUGCAGAUCAGAGUGUUCAAUUACAACACUUUAGAGCGUGUGCAUUCUUUUGAGGCACACAGUGACUAUGUUAGAUGCAUUGCAGUGCAUCCAUCUCAACCUUUUAUAUUAACAAGUAGUGAUGACAUGUUAAUCAAACUGUGGAACUGGGAGAAGGCUUGGAUAGGACAGCAAGUGUUCGAAGGGCACACUCACUAUGUAAUGCAAAUUGUUUUCAAUCCAAAGGACAACAAUACAUUUGCAAGUGCCUCUUUGGAUAGAACAGUGAAAGUUUGGCAGUUGGGAUCCUCCACUGCCAAUUUCACACUGGAGGGCCAUGAAAAGGGUGUGAAUUGCGUUGACUACUACCAUGGUGGUGACAAACCGUACUUAAUAUCAGGAGCAGAUGAUAAAUAUGUGAAAAUAUGGGACUAUCAAAACAAGACUUGUGUACAGACACUAGAAGGACAUACUCAGAAUAUCUCAGCUGUCUGUUUCCAUCCAGAAUUACCUAUCAUUCUGACUGGUUCAGAAGAUGGAACAGCUAGAAUAUGGCAUGCAGGAACAUACAGACUGGAAUCUUCCCUCAACUUUGGUUUUGAAAGAGUAUGGACAAUUGCUUGUAUGCGUGGCUCCAAUAAUGUUGCAAUUGGCUAUGAUGAGGGCAGUGUUAUGGUGAAAGUAGGCAGAGAGGAGCCAGCAGUUUCCAUGGAUUCGCUGGGAGGCAAGAUUGUAUGGGCAAAGCACAGUGAAAUACAGCAAGUAAAUUUAAAAGCCCUUGGAGAAGAGGCUCAAGAUGGAGAGAGGCUUCCCUUAGCAGUGAAAGACAUGGGUGCCUGUGAGAUCUAUCCACAGACCAUCCAACAUAACCCGAAUGGAAGAUUUCUAGUAGUUUGUGGAGAUGGAGAGUACAUCAUCUACACAUCCAUGGCUUUGAGAAACAAAGCCUUUGGUCAGGCAUCAGAGUUCGUAUGGGCAGCUGAUUCCAGCCAGUAUGCUGUCAGAGAAAGCAACACUACAGUGAAAGUAUUCAAGAACUUCAAGGAAAAGAAGAGUUUCAAACCAGACUUUGGUGCUGAUGGUAUAUUUGGCGGAUUUUUAUUGGGCGUGUCAUCCGGAUCUGGCCUAUCCUUCUUCGACUGGGACACGCUGAAGCUAGUUCGUCGUAUUGACAUACAACCCACACACGUCUACUGGGCCGAGAACGCCUCUCUGGUGGCACUGGCCACAUCAGACCAAUACUUCAUCCUGAAGUAUCAUUCUGAUGCUGUCGCGAACGCGCCAGAAAAUUCAGAGGAUAUCGAGGACGCUUUCGAGAUGGUGGCUGAAAUGAGCGAAGUGGUGAAGACAGGCCUCUGGGUGGGCGAUUGCUUCAUCUACACCAACAGCGUAAAUCGAGUGAACUAUUUCGUCGGUGGAGAGGUUGUCACUGUCUCACACUUGGACAGACCGAUGUACCUCCUUGGAUACGUUCCUAGAGACAACAGAUUGUACUUGUGCGACAAGGAAUUGUCUGUCGUCUCAUACUCCUUGUUGCUGUCUGUACUAGAAUAUCAGACAGCUGUUAUGCGAAAAGACUUCGAAACAGCGGACAGAGUGCUACCAACUGUCCCUAAGGAGCACAGAACACGAGUGGCGCAUUUCUUGGAAAAACAAGGCUUCAAAGAGCAAGCGUUAGCGGUGUCCACGGAUCCAGAGCACAGGUUCGAAUUGGCUCUGGCGUUGGGGGAUCUCGUGACGGCGCAUUCUCUCGCCAAGGAGGCGAACAGCCAGCAAAAAUGGCGGCAACUGGCGUCCCUCGCCACACAAAAGGGCAAAUUAUGCUUGGCACAGGAAUGUUUACAUCAAGCUCAAGAUUUCGGUGGACUCUUGCUGCUUGCCACCAGCACCGGAAAUGCGAACAUGAUUCAAAAAUUGGGCACAGACGCGGACGACACUGGCAAAAACAACAUUUCAUUUUUAUCGUACUUCAUACUUGGGGAUCUCGAUAAGUGCUUAGACAUCCUAAUAAAGACCGACAGAAUCCCAGAGGCAGCGUUCUUUGCAAGAACUUAUGCCCCGAGCAAAAUUUCGUCGAUCAUGAAAAUGUGGAAGGAGAAAUUGUCAGCCGUGAGCAAGAAGGCUGGACAGAGUUUGGCUGAUCCUGAACAGUAUGAAAAUCUGUUCCCUGGUUACAGGGAAGCUUUGAAGGUCGAACAGUUCCUGAGAGAGGAGAGCAAGAAGAAGAUCCCCGCGUCUGCGUUCCCAAAUGUACAGUCAAAUGUCGAACGAAAACCAUUUGAGGAAAUGCUGGCGGCCGAGGAGGCGAAUCAAUUCACGUAUAAAGCCAGUGUCAGUACUAGUAGUGAACCAGAAAUGCCAACGACUGAGGUUCUAACGAACAGGCUACAAGAUCUAGAUAUCAGUAAGGUAAUUCCAUCGUCUACGGGGAAAGUAAGCUUACCGGAGAAAGUGACGAAGACCACAAGCAGCUCGAGGCCGUUGACGGUGGACGAGGACGAUCUAGAUCUCGAUCUAGAGAUCGAUGAAACCAUAGAUACUACUGGUGUGAGUCUCGACGACGACCUCCUCGAGGAAGAUUAGCCCUUCGAUUGGAAGGCGAGCAGCAACGUGUACGUCAUCGCUCGUGCGAUUUCCAUUCUCCUUCCGUCAGUCAUUCCCCGCGAGUCGACCGCCAGAGUCAUUUAGAAUCAAGUAUUAAGAGAAAAAAAAACAAAAAGAAAAGAAAAGAAGAAACAAAAUAUCGUCGAUGGACAGUUUUUGUGCGCGAGUGUUUUUAUCAACGCGUCCGUUUGCGAGCACGAGAUACACAGAGCAGCCUGUGCUCGCGAACUUUAUCCAUGUACCGAGAAUUAAAUAUAUUGUAAUAUAACAGAAGAAACAGAUCGCAUACGUAUCUACACCUAAGUUUCUUUAAUCUCCGCCCUACCUAUUGACGGUAUGUUUUUUUACCGAUGCUUGGUAACGUAGAAAUUACACACAUUGUUAAUA